AUGCCGCAGGCACGCGCCUGCCUCCAGCCCGGUGACACCUGUGACGAGCUGCUGCUUUUCACCCGCGAGGCAGCGAACCUCCCUCUGCAGACCUGGACCCAGGGUCGUCUUUGGGACUUUGACGUCGUCGAGCUCUUCGCUGGCAAGGCCCGCGGCUGGUGCGGUUUUCGCAUAAGGAGUGAUGGAGGAGGCUCGGCCAUUCCGGCCUGGGACGGCCACCCUAAGGGGUGGCGACGCUAUGCUCGUGAAGUUGCUUGGUACGUGCAGGGCACCAAGCAUAACCAGAGGCGCUACUUGGCGACCCGUCUUAUCGGGAGAUUGACGGGAAGUGCCCGUCUCUUGGCCAUGUCGUGGCCCCAGGCGGAGUUUGACAACGACCUAGGGGUGCUGAUCUUUCUUCGCAAGCUGGCCCAGAGCCCGCUUGUAAGGCGCUCGCUCCCGAACGCGGCGGCCAUCAUGUCCCAGUACUUUCAGUUUAAGCGGCAGCCAGGCGAAAGUAUCACCACCUUCCUCGUCCGGGAGACGCUUGGCUUUGAGGAGUUCAACGAGGCUCUGGUCCGCUUGAGAGAGGAGAGACAAGGCAUGACGGUCGAUAAGCAGUUGUUCGGCCUGGAGACUCUUCUGAAGAAGGAUGAGGACAAGGACGAUUGGUGGUCGGAGACACCACCCCGACCGUGGUGGAAGCGUGGGUGGUACGAGGACGAGGAUGAGGACCACCAGUCCGAGGCGGUCGAGAUCCAGGAGCGCGAGGGCAACCUUGGCGGCUACGAGCAGGAGGAGGCAGCACCGGCCACGACCCCGAUUGGGGGCCGUGGUCCUCCGGAAGAUCAAGGAGGCGAAGGCCAGACCCCGCAGGAGAGCGGAUCUCCGGCCUCGAGACGCCUUGUCAAGGGCAUAGAGCGCAUCGCCAAGGGCAUCCAGACGGAGGAUGACACCUUUGACAGCUUCAUCCUCGACGUUCUUCGUGGUUGGCGCCUUCUCCAGGCGGCAAGCUUGUCUUUGGAGGAGCGCAGGGACGUGCUCUCUUCGACGGCAAACCGGCUCGACUUUGAGUCUGUUUCGAAUGCCUUGCAGGUGCUAUGGGAUGAGCAGUUGUCUGGUGCGCGGCGCCCGGCGGCAGGACCUGUCCUUCAGAGCGGCCCUCAGGUGUACCACAUGGAGGAGCAGGGCGGCUACGAGGCACAGUGGGCUGAACAAGGCCCGUGGGACGAGAGCGAAUGGUACGACGAUGGAGAUGAGCAGUGGCAGCUCUAUGGAGAAGCUGAGGAACCGUGGCAAGACGAGUGGACCGCGGGUCCAUCCGAGCCGGAUCCCAAUGCCUACACGGCGGCGGAGCUUGAUGACAAUCAGGUUCGUGAGGCCCUUCAAGCAGAACGGGCCGCGGAGGCCAUGGCGGCCGAGGCGGCGAUGACUUGGAAGCGUGCACAGCAGGCAACCGCUGCAGUGAGGAAGGAUCGUGGAUUCGGCGCCAAGGGUUCGGCGUUCAGAGCGGCUAUGUCUUCAGAUCAGUGCCACAAGUGUGGCUCCUACGGUCACUUCGCCCGUGACUGCAAGGGAGCUGGCAAAGGACGCCCCAAGGGUGCAAUGGCUGCGGACUACUAUGAGUACGAGCCGCCCGGCUAUGAUGCGAUCUACUUUGUGGGCGGCAAAGGAAAGAAGAAGGGCAAGUCCAAGAGCCACUUCGGCAUGAACAAAGGACCGGUCAUCAAGGGUAAAGGAGGCAAGCAUCCCCGUACCUUCCCAGGAGUGAACGCAUAUGGCUUGGAGAUGCUUGGUUCUGAGGGGGCCACCGGGCACGAGUGUCAAGUGUCCUCGGAGAAGGACGCUAUUCCUCCGACUUCAGGCCUUCUGGACUGCGGUGCUACCGCAUCAGCAGGGCCGGAGGCUAGUGUUCAGCGGCUCAUUGCAGCAGUCAUUGAGCAAGAUUCCCAGGCGGUGAUCACCAUCGACCAAUCCCGUCGGCCAUACUUUCGUUACGGGUCUGGGGCAUGGGGAACGGCACAGUUCCAUGUUACUUUGGCGUCGAGUGUGAGCGGUCAGCAGUUGAAGUUCGAAGUGUAUGCCCUUCCGAACCCGCCUGAAUAUGUGGAGUCCUGGUUUAGGCCCCAUAUGUUGGUUCCUAUCUUGGUAGGCAUGAGCCACAUCGGAAGCGGUGGAGCUGGGAUGAUCAUUGACUUUAAUGACGGUUCCUACUUGAAUGCUGCAGACAUAGCUAACAAGCGCCAACGACCUCCCGAUGAUCCUCAAUACCUGACCGCCAACUCCAAAGGCCACUUCGUGCUCAACAUCGUCCACUACCUCACUGGAGGCCAGGCCUGCAAGCAAGGGAACUGUUCGGUGGUGGUAAAGCAGCCUAUCUUUACCUCGGGUUCAGGGACAAGGGCUGCGGAUCACGUACCAUUGCCGGGCACAGAUCAUGACUUGCCGUUGCAGUUCAUGUUUCCGAUUGAGAUAGCGGAGAAUGUGUUGACAGUGGUUGGUUCUGAGAACAUGAAUACCGAGUUGCGGCGCACUGUCAUGCAGCAGAUGCUGAAGAAACAUGGCAGUGCUCUUCCGGCGCUCGAUGUGUCCCGCCUGGUGGAGGCAGACCCCCGAGAUCCCCGUGCCUUGCGGACGCAGUGGCCGUGCUACGGCAACCACCCCGAGGUGGCGAUUGGCAACAACAAGUUCGCCCAGUGGAAGUCCUGCGCGGUCUGUUCAUACAGACUUUCCUACGUUCCCAGGGAAGGCGCUCCCGGGUCCGACUCCAAGACCGAGAACUUCCCAACUGUAAGGCGAGCUUUGACAAAGCUGUACGAGGACAUUGGGGAUGUGCAGCCGGAAGCGGACAUGGUGCGUGUGGCCAUCGAGAUGGAGUACGCCAAGAACCGGUACCACCAGUUGAUUCAGAAGUUCGACCGGAAGCGGGCGGUGGCAACUGUGCCACCCAAGGAGGUGAACGACCUGGUGCCGCCAAUGGAGGCACCCAAGAGCAAGGCCAAGGGAUAUCCCCCGGCGACCAAGGCCAUCGCCGAGUUCAUCGAUGACCAGCUGGUCGGUGACGGGAUCCCCGGCCGCUCAGUGAACAAGCUUGUGCCCAAGAAGGUUGCUAAGGGCAUCAUGGUCAUGGCGACUGUGCUCACCAACCUCUACCGGAACGAGCUCCAGACCCUCAUCGUUCCUCCGGGGCAGCACAGCGUAUGGGAGGUUGGAUGCAGCACAACGUCUAUGUUGACAACGGCGUGCUUUGCAGAAGGGCUUCAGUCCUUCCGCGUAAAUCAUGUGAAUGGCUUGGACCUCUACAAGGAGGAGACCUACAACCAUCUUCGAGAUCUAUUCCUUCAACACCAACCCCGUCGCAUAUGGGUUUCUCCAAGGAGUGACCGGUGGCAACCCUGGAGCUACUUGAACCACUUGACCUGGGAGGCACGCCAGACCCUGGAAAGCCGACGGCGCCAUGAGAGGACCAUGUUGAAACGCAUGGUGGGCUUCCUUUCGUGGGCCUUCAAACAGAACUCCUUGCUGGAGAUCUUUUGGGAGUGGCCUACGGAAAGUUUGGGAUGGAAGGAGCCGGCCAUGCAGCAGCUCGAGAAGGCGGUCUGGCUACGCAACCGAGACUGGCUUCAAUGUCGGGUGGACGGUUGCCGCUACGGUCUGCGCUUGGACGACAAAGGCCCCUUUGUAAAAAAGCGGUGGACUAUAAAGACCACGUGUCCAAAGUUCCACUCCUUGUUCAAGACCAAGGUCUGUGUUCAGGAGCACCAGCACGUUCCGGUGCCGGUGAUGGAGAGCCAUGGUCGUCUCGACUACCCAUGGCGCUUUGCCAGUUCGGUGGCAAAAGCGUGGCGGGACCACCUGUUUCCUCUUCGACACUUUGGUGCCAAGAGUGUGCUCUACAACUUCGCGAACGAGGAGGGCGAGGAAGCCGAUCUACCUGAAGGAGAUGGACACGAGGCUGAUGAACCGGAUGCGGGCGAUGGACCUACGGCUGAGGAGCGGCAGGCAUGGGAGCAAAAGCUACGCCGCUUCCACACGGCUGCUGGGCACCCCUCCAACAGUCAGCUGGCCCGGAUCAUCAAGGAGGCAAAGAAGCCCAAGUGGAUGGUGGAGGCAGCUGCCAACUUCAGCUGUCCCCACUGUGAGUCGGCAGCACCUGGCGGCAUGUCAUCGAAGCAGGUUCCGCCUCUGUCUACGAGGCCUCUACCUAUGGCCUGGCAGCAAGUCGUUUCUGAUGUUGGCGAGUGGACCAGCAUUCCCCACAAGUGCAAGCUCAAGUUCGUUGUCUUUGUGGACGCCGCCACCAAGCUGCGGGUCGCUGAGCCCCUCUUCCGAUGUGCGAUCUCUGAGAUGAACACAGAGACCGGGUUGCAACUUGUGGAGGCGUUUUCUAAGAGAUGGCUGAGUGACAAGCCCAAGCCCGAGAUCUUUAUACCGGACAAUGCCCGGUCCUACACCUCCAAGCACUUCCAGGAUUUCUGCUCAAGUGUCAACAUAUGGGUGGCACCACCAGCGGAAGCCGAGGCUUGGGCCCAUGGCACUGCCGAGUCGGUGGUUCAGGAUGUGAAGGCUGUGAUGGACAAGAUCCAGACUGGCAACGCCAGUCUCCAACCCGAGACUUGCUUGGCCCUGGCCACAGGAGCUUUGAAUCAGACUUCCUUUGUCAAGGGCUACUCGUCGUACCAGUGGGCCUAUGGAAAGCACUUUGCCUACACCGACGAGGACGAGAUCACUAUGUCGCAGGUGCGCGACGACGCCCCCUUUGCUGAGUUCUCUCGUCUGCUUUCACUGCGACAUGAGGCAGAAAACAAAGCCAGAGAGGUGAGAGCCCAACGGGUUCUUUCGAAACUUAAGAACACCAUCCAGAGGCAGCCACUCCGGACCUUUCACCCCGUCGACCUGGUGAAGGUGUGGCGACGAGCUCUUCCGCAGGAACUCCAUCGUGGACGAGCUGGAGGCACUAAGAAGGCCGGGAGACAUCAUUGGAUUGGGCCUGGCCGAGUCGUUCUACAAGAGACCGUGCCUCAUCAAGCUGACGAUGACCACCGGAGGCACAUCAUAUGGGUGGUCAUUGGCGGCAAGCUCUACCGAUGCUCGGCCCACUCAGUUCGCCCUGUGACCGAACAGGAGCGAGCAUGGCAUCACCUACAUGUGGAUGAGGAUCCCAGUCGGUGGAAGACUUUGCAAGACAUCAUACCCUCCAAGGAGUACACCGACCUCAGUGGCCAACCUCCUCCAGGUGAUUUGCCAGAAGAUGUGGAACCUGAUCUACCACGAGCUCCCGAUGAAGAGACCUGGGUCCCUUCCAAGCGGCUGAAAUGGAAGCAGGCCCCACCAAACUUCCCUUUACCAGUACCUGUGCCACCUCCUGUCAACGACUACGGUGCAGAAGAUGGGUGGUCUGACUACGUUCCCAGCACGGAUGAAGAAGAGCCAACGGCGGCUCUUGGAACGGACUUCGGGGACACGGAGCUGGACCCGAAUGGCGACCACACUGGAGGUGGGGAAAAGCGCGAGGCACCUACAACAGCAGCGUCUUCUUCAAAAAAGCCAAGGGCGAACGAGAUGGAGGAUGAACUCACCCUCCAUGCGGCCCUACAAGAAGCGGAACAUGCCUAUGUAAUGGAGCUUGAGCUGAACCUCGCUUCGCAUCGCCAGCUCAAGAAGUUCAUCAGGUCACCAUCGGCCUACCUGGUGGGCAAGAUGCGAGACUGUGAAGUGCGAUGGGAGAGACUGUCGCCGGAACACCGGCAACUCUUCUCAAGAGCAAAGACGAAGGAGGUGACCAGCUUCAUCCAGCAGGCAGCCGUUCGCCGCUGCCUGGACAAGGCAGAGGAGCAAGAGGCCCGAGACAGCGGGCGAAUCAUGAAGUGUCGAUGGGUCUUGACUUGGAAGCCCAUCCCGGAGGAGGAACACGAGGAGGCCUUGAACGAGGCCAAGAAUAACCCGGCGACCACCGUGGACCCCCACUCCAUGAAGAAGGCCAAGGCCCGCAUUGUUCUCUUGGGUUACCAACACCCAGAUCUUCUACGUGAAGGCUUUAACUCCAGUGCACCCGUCCAGUCCGUGUUGACACGCAACCUGGCCUACAUGAUGACGGUCAACAAUGGGUGGCAACUGGAGGGUUUGGACCUUUCUACGGCGUUCCUACAGACGGCUCCAAAGGAGCAGAUGCGGAUCUGGACACAGGGCGUGUCCGAACUACGCGAAGCCCUCGGCAUCGGCGAGGACCAGCUGAUGCGGGUGCUCAAGGACUUCUACGGGUCCACGACGGCUCCACGUGGUCUAUGGCAAGACCUUCAUGCCAAGUUCACUUCCCUUGGAGCGACAAAGAUAAUGUCUGAUCCAUGUAUGUGGAUCUGGUCAGAAUCUGUCGUCAAUCCGCGGAACGACAUGGACCGCUACAAAACCAUUGGCAUGAUGGGUGGCCAUGUAGAUGACUUCAACCGGGCAGGCGAUUUGCAAAACCCCAAGUGGCUCGCCAUCCGCGCCGAGAUCGACAAGGCUUACAAAUGGGGGACCAUCAAGAAGGACAACUACCGGCAUGCGGGCACGGACGUGAUCUCCCGAAGGUCCUCCGACGGCGGCCACGUGAUCGAGGUCAACCAGGACCAGUACAUCGAGGGGAUCUCCGACUUUCACCUUGCGGCGCAAUCAGGCCGGAGCCCUGAAAGCUCCUUGGAUGAACGAGAAGUCUCAGCCUGUCGUGCCGCGCUUGGCGCAUUGCAAUGGGCGGCCGUUCAGACGCAACCCUUAAUAUGCGCUCGGUGCAACCUCAUCCUGUCAGAUCUCUCCCAUGCACCGAAGUUCGCGCUGGCCAAGGAAAUCCAAGGGCUGAUUGCGGAAGUGAGAUCCAGUCCUCAACGGCUACUGUUUCAACCGCUACCGGGAGUACGCCAUUGGCAAGACGUUCAUGUGAUCACGUUGGGCGAUCAGGCCCACGCUAAUCGCCCCAAAGGCGGGUCUACAGGAGGCAUCCUCACUUUUCUUGGUGGCCCUGCUCAUGCGAAAGGAGAGCCCUCCAAGCUGGUUCUCAUGGGCUGGAAGACCUGGAAGCUACAGCGCGUGGCGAUCGGGUCUACAGAUGCAGAAGUUCAAGCAAUGGUUGAAGCCGAAGAUAUCAACUUCAAGACACGUUUGACGUGGGCAGAGCUGAACAGUGCUACUGUCGACAAGGGCUUCAACUUUCUGCGUGCCGCAGAAAAGGCUGCAUCUGCAGUGCCUGGCAUACUGGGCACUGACUCCAAGGGUGGCUACGAUGCCGUCAUGCGACAUGAAGGGCCAGACCUUGGUCUCUCCAACGCAAGAGCGGCCAUCCAAGGACACCAGCUCAAAGAAGGAAUGAGACGUGUCAAGACCCGUCUCAUCUGGCUUGCCAGCGAUUUUAAUUUGUCGGAUGCCUUGACUAAGCGAUCAUCAGAGUGCCGCAAGAGUUUUGUACAGUUUCUUCGUAACGGCAUUUGGAUGCUUAGGUUCAAUCCCGACUUCGUUGUUUCAGCAAAGAAAGCUAAGCAACAGGGCCUAGAUGCUGUAAGUCAGCUCCGAAAGGCAACACAGGGAUCAAGAGUCAAGAAAGUUUUUGGACUGGUGCAACAGGCUUGUUGGUGUCAUCCUUCAGGUAGCUUGUGA